AUGGAGCCCAACCAUUCUGAUAUUAUUGAUGAAAUUCCUGAAAUUCUAAUAACAAACUCUAGCCAAUGCUUAAUCUGUUACGAAAUAAAGCCAAUGGCUGAGUCUACAAAGAUGCCAAAUUGUAAGCAUGAGUUUUGCAAUUCAUGCCUACAAAAUUAUAUAUGCUCCAAAGUCCAAGAAGGAAAGCUUUAUCCUCUCAGUUGCCCAGACUAUACAUGUGAAGUCCACGACCAGCCAGGCCUAGCAGAUCUAUUUCUAGACCCAGUAUCCUUAGAAAAGUUCUAUUCUUUCCGAAAUAAAAACUAUUUGCAAAAGCAACCUAAUCUUCGAUGGUGCCCCAAGCCAAACUGCCAAGGCUAUGAUCUUAUAACUGAAGAAAAUUCCCAUUUAACCUGCAACACCUGUGGGUCAAAAUUCUGCGGAAAAUGCCACAAUGAAUGGCACCAAGGCCAAUCUUGCAAGGUGGAUAAUGUUUUACAUAAGUAUACUAAAAAAAGAGGAAUAAAGCCUUGCCCUAAUUGCAGGAAUUAUGUGGAAAAAUCAUCAGGCUGCCCAAGUGUGACGUGCACAUGUGGAACAAGAUUUUGCAUAAAAUGCGGAAAAUUGAUUAAUGCAGACCAUAAGACUUUUCAAUGUAUGAUAGGUGGAAGCUAUUUUAUAGUCUCAGAGGAAAAAUAGGACAGUCAAAUCCCUUUUGGUAUGCGAAAAUAGCUUAAAAUUGUGUGUAUGGUAGUCUUAAUUUUUUACCCAUAAUAUAAUUCUUCAUGAACAUUUAUUUUUCUAUUGAUCGCUAUGUGGAUUUUAUUCCCUUUUCAGCUGGGAUUACUAGUUAUUUAUUUUUUUGAAGACUGAGGAUUAAACGAAACAAGCCAAUUUGCUGAGCAUAUACAAUAUUUUAAAGCUCUGUAUUACCCAAUAUUAUUACUGCUAUCUCCUGUUAUAACAGUUUUAACGAUACUUAUAGGAGGCUGCUUGUGGGGAAUCCUAGUAUUUAAUAGUCUGAUUAAAAGAAUGGAGGUUUAUAAGAGAUAUAAACAAAUAGUAAAUUCUCUGAUAUUUUUGAAAUGCAUUGUCUUGACCCCUGUAUUUAUAGCUUUAGGGGUUUCUGGGUACUUGUUAAUAAAUCUGUGUUUGCCAUUUGCAGGACUUGGCUUACUGGUAUUGAGAUUUGUAAAAAAAACUGAAAAAUAA